CAUAACAACUUCCUACCUUAAUCUAAAGUAAUUGUCAUUUGUUCUACCAAAACUUUAAACCAAUGGGCAGGUCUCCAUGCUGCGAUGAUAGCAACCUGAAAAAGGGGCCAUGGACCCCGGAGGAGGAUCAGAAGCUGGUGGAUUACAUCAACAAAAAUGGUAUUGGAAGCUGGAAAUCUCUCCCCAAACUGGCCUGCUUGAACAGAUGUGGGAAGAGCUGCAGACUCAGGUGGACUAAUUAUCUGAGGCCUGAUAUCAAGAGAGGCAAAUUCUCUGAAGAUGAAGAAAGACUCAUCAUUAAUCUUCACUCCGUUCUUGGAAACAGGUGGUCGAGGAUUUCUGCUCAUCUUCCAGGGAGGACAGAUAAUGAGAUCAAGAAUUUCUGGAACACCCACAUUAGGAAGAAGCUUCUUCAAAUGGGAAUUGACCCUAACACCCACAAGCCAAGAACCGAUCUCAAUCAUCUUUUAACCUUUUCUCAGCUUCUUUGUGCUCCACAAAUUGGGAACUCGCUCAAUUUAAAUUCCUGGGACACUGCCCUCAAAUUACAGGCAGAUCAUGCUGUUCAACUAGCCAAACUAAAACUUCUUCUGCAAGUUAUCAACUCAAACACUGUACUUCUUCCCUAUACUGAGAGCACUCCUGCUGCUGCUUUAUUGGGGUCUCAAAAUCAUUACCAAUUUGAAGGACUAGGCAAUGGGAUAAUCAGUACCCCAGGGCCAACUCCUCUUCCCCCAUUAAAUGAAUCCCAAGGCUUUGAAAAUUCAUGGGCUAGUCUUGAUGUGCAUGAUAAAGGCUUGAGUGGAUACUUCGAUUUUGAAACAGGAAAUUCACUUCCUGCAUUGGUUUCAGGAUCUCCUGAAACUUCUGGUAUUGAUAAUAACCAGGUGGAAACAGAGGCCAACACCAAUAAUUCAUCAAUCUUCAAGACAUGGGAUAAGCUUAUGGAUGAUGAAGCCAGUGCCUCCUACUGGAAAGACAUCCUAGCCAUGACGUCGCCAUUGCCAUCAUCUCCCAUUUCGUGGUAGAUAGAGCAGCUUCUUGCAAAGAUACAUGAUAUCAAUAACUAAAUGAAUAAAGAAUAUUUGAGUCAGAAAUUUUAAGAGGGAUUUCUUCAUAUACUUUUGUGUGAAAACAUACAAAUUCUUGUAAAAGUUAAUUCUCUCAUUCUUUUGUUUAAUUUUUGUAAUUGAUUGUGAUAAAUGGUCCAAUGUUUCCAAUCUUCUUGUGAAAUCUCCAUGAGCAUACUCUUGUAAUUCCUUUUCUUUACGUUCCAUUUUCAUUUUUUAUAUAAAUCCCACCUUUUUGU